GCUGAUGAUUUUGCACCAUUUUUAACAGAUAGAGUGGUGAGGAAUGAGAUGUUGGAGAAGAGACAGGCUUCUACACGAAAGAAAGUCUCUCGCAAGAGUUUGCAGAAUAAGCUAGCCCAUCACGUUAUUGAUAAGUACAAUCAGAAGAAAGUAGCUAAUCCUAAACAAAUCAAAAGAAGAAUAACGUCUCAGUACAAGAGUAUUGAAAAUUUUGAAAGAUUCCAUCACCGCAGGGUCAUGAGUGCUAUCGAUGACCGAUUUGUGCUAAAUUCUACUAAAUAAGCACUUGCUGAAUAACAAUGAUCAAAUUCAAACCAUAAGUGAUUUUAUGAGAGAUAGAGCAAUAAAAUUUCAACAGUUAGAUAAUGAGCUUAAAAAUGUGCUAAAAAUGCCAAACAACAAGAUUAUAAAUAGGGGUGGAAAAUUAGCAGUAUUGAUAUCCCCUUCAGUCGUGGAGAAAGUCACGAAAAUCUCUCAGAAUGUACUGAAAUAAAAAUGAGAAGGUCUUCAAAUCCAAGAGUAUCUCAAACCUGACUCUAAAGGAUGGGUACCUUAAGCUGGGGAAUCUCAAUCAUAUCAGUAAUUUUAAGCAAACUCCAAAACCAAAUUUGAACAUUGAAACAAUCCCUUAUUCUCCAAAAUCAUCUAUUCUGGGUGAAAUUAUGGAGCAUAGAAUUCAAGCACAGACCACUAAAAGUUGUCAGAGGAAGCCUCGUAGGAAGAUCCGUGUGAAGAAGAGCAAUGAGUUCCUUCUCUCAACAAAGAUGAUGAAGAUAACCAAAUACUUGGAGAAAUAUUCCGCUGCUAGGGACGAUUAGUCUGACUCUCGUU